AUGGGUACUUAUAGAAAAAGGUUCAAUGAAAAGGCCAGAGCGGGUCAUAUGGCCAAGCUAAAAGAAUUGAAGAAAGUUAGAAAUAAACAGUUCCAUAGAGAAGUUGAAGAGGAAUCAGAAGAAGAGGACGCAAAGAACACCUCAAUAACAGACACAAAUGCAGAAAUAUUGGAACCAUUGACUGAGGAAGAGAAAAGCCUGAAGAAAAGAAAACUGCAAGAAAUAUUCACUCCAAAGGAAUCUAAAAUUUCAAGACUUAAAAAGAAGAGAUUGGAUAAAUUUAUUGAUCAUCAACUGAAGAGAGAAGAGAAAAAAACUAUUAUUGAAAAACUUCAAGAUUACAAGAUCGAUACAUCAUUGCUAGUAAGCUCAAAGAAAUUAGGUGAAGGUAGGCAAACUAAAAAAGAGGAGUUCGCUGAAGCUCUGAGCUUAGAAAAACAGGGUAGAUCAACUGAUGAUACUCGAGCAAUCCUCUAUGAAGACCAUAUUGUGAAAGAAUGGAAAGAAAAUGAUCCAGCCGCUAAACGUGAACUACAAUAUAGUUCGGAAUCUGAGCAUGACGUAAAUCAUGAUGAUGAAAAUGAAGACAAUGAAGAAUCUGACGACUUUGAAAGUAAGUUUGGUGAUGUUACUACCAACUCAUCCACUUUUAUUGAUAAUAGACCAGCCAAGUUUGGCGGAAUGGGAUCAGGGUUUGGGUUCGCUAACAUGAAAGUAAUCAAUAAAGGGAAAAAACUUUCAAAGAGGAAAUACAACUGGAGGCAAAGAGUUGAAAUGCAAGAAUUGAAAAAACAUAAUGAAGAAGAUGAAUUAGACUUUGUAUCAAGCUCUGAGGAAUCUGACUCUACCGAAGAAAGCGCGGGUGAUGAAGGGGAAGAGGAAGAACUAAAAGAAGAAAGUGGCGUUGACUCUGAAAGUGCUUCGGACGAUCAGGGAGAAGAGGAUGAUGAAAGAGAAGAACAUGAUGAUAUUGACGAUGAAGAGAAAUUACAUGAUAUUGCUAAAGAUUUCAAAAAUUGGGCAAACCAAGAAAUCAAGAAAAUGGAAGGGAGAGACGUUGAGCCAAUAACUCCUCAAAUGAAUAUAGACUAUAAACCAAUAAUUAGAGAAGAGGAUUUGGAAGAUGGUCUAGAAGUUCCGAAUAUUCCAGUUGAUGAAAAGUCUGUUAGGAAGGCAUUUUACGUUCCAGUAGAAAGAUCUGACACAAUUCAAGAGGCUAGGAUGCAGUUACCUGUGUUCGGUGAAGAACAUGCAAUAAUGGAAGCUAUUCAUCAUAAUGACGUUGUAAUUAUUAGUGGUGAAACUGGGUCUGGUAAAACUACUCAAGUACCGCAGUUCUUAUAUGAAUCUGGAUUCGGUAGCCCAGAUUCUCCAGACAAUCCAGGUAUGAUCGGGAUUACCCAACCAAGAAGAGUUGCUGCUGUUUCGAUGGCUAAGCGUGUAGCCAAUGAAUUGGGCAAUCAUGGAAGUAAAGUUGCAUACCAGAUUAGAUUCGAUUCCACAACGAAGGAAGACACGAGAGUUAAGUUCAUGACAGAUGGUGUUUUAUUGAGAGAGAUGAUGCAUGACUUUAGAUUAACGAGAUACUCUUCUAUUAUUAUUGAUGAAGCCCAUGAAAGAAAUGUUAAUACGGAUAUAUUAAUAGGUAUGUUAAGUCGUUGUGUCCGUUUACGUGCUAAAGAACAUAUGAGUAAUCCAGAGAAGUGUAAAAGAUUGAAGUUGAUUAUUAUGUCAGCUACAUUGAGGGUUACUGAUUUCAGUGAAAAUACUACAUUAUUCUCAACUCCCCCACCAAUAUUAAAAGUUGAAGCAAGACAGUAUCCAGUUUCUGUGCAUUUCAACAAAAGAACUCCUUUCAAUUACUCUGAUGAAGCAUUUCGAAAAACAUGUAAGAUCCAUAGAAGGUUACCACCUGGUGCAAUUCUAAUAUUCAUGACGGGUCAACAAGAAAUUAAUCAUAUGGUUAAAAAAUUGAGAAGGGAAUUUCCUUUUAAGAAAUCAAAAAAGAAUUUUUCAAAUAGCUCAACUGUAAGAGUAAAUAACAAAACUGCUGACUUAGAAGUGGAAGAUAUAGAAUUUAGUACCAAGAUCAUUGAUGAAGAACAAUUCAAUGCAGAACUUGGAUCAGAUGAAGAAAAUUUAGAAGAUGAUUUUGACAACGAAGAAGGUUUCGACGAAACAUUAGAGGAAGGACAAUCAAAAGAUGAUCCAUUAUAUGUUCUCCCAUUAUAUUCUUUGCUACCAACUAAAGAACAAAUGAAGGUUUUUGAGGAAUCACCAAAAGGCUCCAGGCUAUGUAUUGUUUCUACCAAUAUUGCUGAAACAUCGUUAACGAUUCCUGGUGUCAGAUAUGUUGUAGAUUGUGGGAGAUCCAAAGAACGCAAAUACAAUGAAUCAAAUGGGGUUCAAAGUUUCGAAAUCGGAUGGAUCAGUAAAGCAGGUGCAAACCAAAGAAGUGGUAGAGCUGGUCGUACAGGUCCAGGUCACUGUUAUCGUUUGUACUCAUCAGCUGUUUAUGAGAGAGAUUUCGAAGAAUUCUCUAAACCUGAAAUUUUACGAAUGCCAGUAGAAAGUAUUGUGCUGCAAAUGAAGAGCAUGGCAAUCCAUAACAUUGUGAAUUUCCCCUUCCCAACACCUCCAGAUAGAGUUGCGUUGACUAAAGCUAUCCAAUUACUUCAAUAUUUAGGGGCGUUAGAUGUUAGGGAAAAAAUUACUGAUGAUGGGAAGAAAAUGAGUUUGUUCCCAUUAUCUCCUAGAUUUUCCAAAAUGUUGCUAGUCUCUGACGAACACGAUUGUCUACCGUAUAUAGUUUCAAUCGUGAGUGCCUUAUCUGUUGGUGAUCCUUUCAUAUCCGAAAAUGAACUUGGUAUUAAUGAAGUCAAGGUAAAACCAACCGAUAAUGAUGAAGAUGAAAAUACAGACACAAGAAUUGAUAAAGAGGAAGAAGAACGAAAGAAAACGAUUCGUACUCAGUUUUAUAAGAAUCGUGCCAAAUUUAAUAAAUUGGACAAAGAGAGUGAUGUAUUCCGCCUGUUGAGUGUUGUUAGUGCGUUUGACUAUAUUCCUAAGAAUCAGAAAGCUACCUUCGUACAGAACAACUUCCUAAGAAGUAAAACUUUAGAAGAAAUUGUGAAAUUAAGAAUGCAAUUAAUGUACAUUAUAAAAUCCAACACAUCGAAGGAGAAUAUUGCUGUUAACGUAAAGAGUGAAGAUUUGAAAUCAAAUCCACCUACCGAAAUACAGGUCAAACUUUUGAAGCAAAUGAUAUGUGCCGGUUUUGUUGAUCAUGUUGCCAUUCGAGCCGAUUAUCUUUUCCCAGAAGACGCUGAGAUAACUAAUAAAUCUUCAUUAAUUAACAUUCCAUACGUACCUGUUCUUACUUCAAAAACUCCAGAAAUAACAGAUUGUUUUGUCUAUAUUCAUCCAUCAUCCAUCUUGAGCAAUUUAGGUGAAUUACCUCCAAAAUUUUUAGUUUAUCAUUCGUUACAUCUCGGUGGUAACGCCAAAACAAGAAUGAAUACCUUGUGUGAUAUUAAGAGUACUCCAUUGGCUAAUGUUGCUAGGAAUGGGUUGCUACUAGAUUAUAGUAAACCCUUGACUGGUCAAGGCUUGAAAAGUAUACCCAUAUCAUUAAAUGAAAGAUAUUGUUAUGUUGUUCCAAGAUUCGGUGCUUUUAUUGACAGUGAUCUAAAAAUAGGAUGGGAUUUGAAUCCAAUUGCGGUGCAUCAAGAGAAGCAAAACGGAAAAUGGGUUGUCACUAAAUUCAUCACGAACAAAAACUAUAAAACUGCUGAGGCAAACCAAAAGAAAUAA